AUGGGCGCUGUCUCCGAAUAUCUCCAUAGCCCUUUCACCUCGACCGCUCCAAUCGGACGGCAUCUCGACCUAUCCCGCUCAACGUUGGCCGUUGGCAACAACCAGCUGAACGACGAUCUCCAUGCUCCUACUCAUAUAGUAUCCACGCACUCCACAAUCAUGCCAGCCAGUGCCAUCUCGCCAGCGGCGAAAGCAAGUUCAAUGGAUCAAUCAGCCCCACUGUCGAUUUCCAAAGCCUCCUCUUCGUCCCCUUCCCCAGAGUUCACACCAGCAGACCGCUCACAAUCCAACACCUCCAUAUCAUCAACAGACGAGGAUACCACAACAGUACACCCUCUCGACCUGGAAAGAUUGGAUGCCAAACUCACGUCUGCUGGAAGGAAAGAGUCCACGCAGGGGCUGAAGGUGGGGCAUUCGUCCGUAAACACGAAGCCAUCGAGCAAGGUGCUGCGUGACACGUAUGGGAAUGAAUUCGAGCUACCAGAGAUCUCGAUCAACCAAGUUAGGGCUGCUAUCCCAAAGCAUUGCUUCGAGCGCUCAGCUCGCCGAAGCUUGGGAUAUGUUGCUCGAGAUUUCGUGCAGCUUGCCGCCAAUUGGUACCUUUUCCGUCACAUCCUGACACCCCUUGUCGCCUCUCCAGUCGCUUCGACAUUACUAUGGUCCACUUUCACAGUCAUCCAAGGCUUCAUAAUGACCGGCCUAUGGGUCUUGGCCCAUGAAUGCGGACACCAAGCUUUUUCGGAGUCCAAGACAAUUAAUGAUACCGUCGGGUUCAUCCUCCAUUCCGCACUUGGUGUUCCUUACUUCUCCUGGAAAAUCUCCCACGGCAAACAUCAUAAAGCCACUGGUCAUCUAGAAAGAGAUCAGGUGUUCGUCCCGGUCACUCGGGAUGUGUAUGCCAGCAAAUUCGGGAAGCUUGCUCAUGAGGUCGCGGAGCUAGGUGAAGAGACGCCGAUUGGUACGGCCUUGCACCUGAUAGGCCAGCAACUGGUAGGUUGGAAUCUGUAUCUAUCGGCAAAUGUGACCGGCCACAAUAAACAUGAGAAUGCACCUGGUGGCCGUGGAAAAGGAAAGAUGAAUGGCUUUGGGGGCGGGGUCACCCACUUCGAUCCUGAUAGUCCAAUCUUUGAGGAGAAAGAUAGACACUUGAUCUUGUUGAGUGACUUGGGUCUUCUAGCGACUAUCGCGGCCUUGACCUUUGUGGGCAUGACAUUUGGAUCCUUUGCCCUCACAGUCGGCUACAUCAUUCCGUACUGCUGGGUCAAUAAUUGGCUUGUAUGGAUCACCUACCUCCAACAUACAGACCCGACUCUCCCCCACUACGAGCCCAGUACGUGGAAUUUCACCCGUGGAGCAGCUGCCACCAUCGACCGUGAAUUCGGAUUCAUUGGCCGAUACUUCAUGCAUGGGAUUGUAGAGACCCAUGUCCUCCAUCAUUUUGUGUCGACGAUCCCCUUCUACAAUGCCGAUGAGGCGUCAGAGGCAAUCAAACCGAUCUUGGGCCGCCACUAUCGCUCCAACAUCGAAGGGGGUGCGCUAGGCUUUAUCAAGUCCAUUUGGACCUCUGCUCGUCAUUGCAGCUGGGUCGAGCCGAACGAAGGCGCUGAAGGUGAAGGAAAAGGAGUUCUUUUUUUUAAGAAUCGCUUGCAGACCCAGUAG